AUGGGAAGAUCAGCUCUGAUUCACUUGAUUCGCUCUCAAUCUCGUCGUCUCUGUUCCUCGACCUUCACUACAGGUUAUCAUCAUAGGUCACUAACAGGGACAUGGUCAUCAUCAUCAGUGAUCCCUAAGGUUAGUAGAUUCGAGGCUCCGUCCCUAAACCAGAGAAGUUGGGCAUCGUCUGGAGCUAAGACUAGAGACGACGAUGACGAUCACAAGAUCAGUAUCGGACCACAAGAGAAGAAAGAAGAGAAUGGUGGAGGUGUGGUUUACUAUGGACCAAUCUCGGCGACCAUAAAGAAAGUGAAACUUCUCUCACUAUCCACUUGCUGUCUCUCGGUGUCUCUCGGCCCUGUCAUCACCUUCAUGACUUCACCGGGAUUGAAUGUGAUCAUGAAGGGUGCGGUUGCCUCCACGGUGAUCUUCCUCAGCGCAUCCACGACUGCUGCUCUCCAUUGGUUUGUUAGCCCUUACGUGCACAAGCUGAGGUGGCAGCCUGGUUCAGACACUUUUGAGGUCGAGAUGAUGACUUGGCUUGCGACAUUUACCCCAAAGACACUGAAAUUCUCGGACAUUCGUUAUCCAGACACGCAAAGGCCGUUUGUGAGCUUUAAGGCGGAAGGGAAUUACUACUUUGUGGAUGCAGAGCAUUGCCCUAACAAGGCGUUGUUGGCUAGGCUCACUCCUCCAAAGGAUGCACAUGACUCUGCUUUCAAGAACUUGUGA